GCGCAGGCAUCCCAGAACAGGAAGCAGCGCGGUACCAGGCAUGGCGGCGGCUGCCGAGGGUGUCCUCUCCACCCAGCGGGAGGAGCCGGUUCGAGACGAUGCCGCGGUGGAGACAGCUGAGGAAGCAAAGGAGCCCGCUGAGGCUGACAUCACUGAGCUCUGCCGGGACAUGUUCUCCAAAAUGGCAACUUACCUGACUGGGGAACUGACGGCCACCAGUGAAGACUAUAAGCUCCUGGAAAAUAUGAAUAAACUAACCAGCCUGAAGUAUCUUGAAAUGAAAGAUAUUGCUAUAAACAUUAGUAGAAACUUAAAGGACUUAAACCAGAAGUAUGCUGGACUGCAGCCUUAUCUGGAUCAGAUCAAUGUAAUUGAGGAGCAGGUAGCAGCUCUAGAGCAGGCAGCCUACAAGCUGGAUGCAUAUUCAAAAAAACUGGAAGCCAAGUAUAAGAAGCUGGAGAAGCGAUGAAAAAUUGAUUCCUGUGGGACCAAGUUUUUUUUAAUGUGGAAGAAUGUUUUAUAAGACCUGAAUCCUGAGGUUGAUGAAUUGUCAAAACUCCUCAAAAGGAAACUAUGCUCGUCGUCCCAGAAACAUCACCACAUUGGAGUAAACUGGAGGACUAUGGCUACUCCUGAACUUUUUUGAGGCAGUAUCCGUUGGAAACUCACACUUAUAGCUCCUUACAUUUUACUUGAAUGCUUCAUCAUCCAUUCAGGACAGAGAGUCUCUCAAAGUUUGGGAUAAACCUGGGCUUGCCAAUAGAAUCAAAUGAGAGGACCUAUUUUCUCUGGUCAUAGUUGAUCACUACGUUAUUUUCUUAAAUGGCUGGAUUUUGAGUUACUCUGUACAUGGUUGUUUUUUUCUAUUAAUGACACUAACGUAUUGCUAACAAGAUUCUAAAUUAAAAAAGGAAAA